AUGCAGCACAGACUCGGAAGAGACACCAGAGCCUUCCUCAAGAUGCUGGUGGCCCUGUUGACCGCAGCUUUGCUCACCCUGAGCUCUGCUCAGCGUGUCAGUGAAGAACAUAAGACUAUAUAUCAGAGCCCUCAUCACAGACUACCUGUUGUAGGUUUCCCCCAAGGACCUCCUCCCAACCAAGGUUACCGUCCUCAGCAAGGCCCACUCCAGCAAGGAGGUCAGCAACAGAACCGACCCCCUCAGCCUGGAAACCAGCAAGGACCACCACCACAGGGAAGCCAGCCUAACAGACCUCCUCCCCCUGGAAACCAGCAAGGCCCACCACCACAGGGAGGCCAACCUAACAGACCCCUUCAGCCUGGAAACCAGCAAGGCCCACCACCACAGGGAGGACAGCCUAACAGACCCCCUCAGCCUGGAAACCAGCAAGGCCCACCACCACCUUUUCAAGGAGGCAGACCACAGGGACCUUUCCAAGGCCAGCACCCUCAAUAA